AUUCAGUUUGUUGGGAAUUUACACCGUCGUCGACCAGCGAACUUGCAAAAGAUGGCAGCAACCGCCCACCCAUCCCAUAUCGUUGCCGACUACUACAAAACCCUCGGAGUCGACAGAUCCGUGGAUGAUGCUGGCAUCAAGAAAGCUUAUCGUAAACUUGCGUUAAAGUAUCAUCCCGAAAAAAACAUUUCUCCAGAGGCCAUUCAACAGUUUCUGGCGAUUGGUGAAGCCUAUGAUGUUCUACACGAUGCCAAAAAGCGUGCAAUAUAUGAUCAGUAUGGACCCAACGGACUGAAAAAUGGGGUUCCAGCUAGAGAAGGUUUCGAGGGAUUUCCUGGAGGAUAUCAAUAUCAUGGCAACCCAGAGGAAACGUUUGCCCAGUUUUUUGGAGGGAAGAAUCCGUUUGCUGAUUUCUUUGCAGUCCACACAGGAGUGCCUGGACCAUCACAGGAUCCCACCGCCUCUACAUUCGGUCCCAGAUUUGGUGGCCUUCAUGGCAUGAACCGUCCCGCAGAUCAAGCAAAUCCUCUCACUGGCCCAGUACAAGACCCACCUGUCGAGCAUGACCUUGAACUAACAUUGGAAGAGUUAUAUUUGGGGACAGUGAAAAAAAUGAAGAUUUCCCGAAAGGUCCUAAACGACGACAACACAACCACAAGCUCAGUGGAAAAGCUUCUCACCAUAGACGUCCGUAAAGGAUGGCGUUCAGGGACUAGAAUUACCUUCCCACGAGAAGGCGAUCAAGGACCAAACAAAAUCCCUGCAGAUAUCGUGUUUAUCGUCAAAGAGGCCCCUCAUGAGCGGUUUAUUCGACAAGCAAAUGAUUUGAUCUUCAAGGCGGAUAUUCCAUUGUAUAAAGCCCUCACUGGAUCCAUUGUGGAAAUCAAAACCCUCGAUGGACGGAUUUUGAAAAUCCCAGUCAAUGAUAUCGUGCACCCGGAUUAUACAAAGCAAGUUCCAAAUGAAGGCAUGCCUCUUUCCAAGAACCCCGACAGCCGUGGAAAAUUACUGAUUAAAUUCAACCUUAAAUUUCCUACAUAUCUCAACGAAGAUCAAAAGAAGCUGCUAAGGGAAGCAUUAGCCGUAUAAAGAUUCAGUAAUUGUCCCUUCCAUAGCUCUUAACUACGUCCGUCGCCUAGGACAAGUUCAACUAGAACAAGUACCAAAAUCGCAUAU